AUGGAAUGUGAACACAUUGAAGAAGGAAAUUCAACAACGGAACAUGAAACAAUUAAAAACGAAAUACUAGAAGAAAAUCAAAGAAUCAAACAUGAAAAAAUAUUUAUAAAAGAAGAGUUUGUAAUGGAUAAAUAUGAAAAUAUUAAAAGUGAACAAUUCAACACUGAAUUUAUAAUUAAAGAAGAAAUAUUUGAUAAUGAACAAGUUUACGAACAUCAAUCAACUUAUAACGAAGAUAAACAAUUUUCAUGUGACGAGUGUACCAAAACAUUUAGCAGGAAAAGUGUUUUAAUUCAGCAUAAACAAACGCAUACGGGAGAAAAACAUUUUUCAUGUGACGCUUGUGAUAAAACGUUUACCUUUAAACAGAGUUUAAUUCGACAUCAACAAAGCCCCAAAUCAAUGGAUAUCGAAUAG